AGUUCCAACCUUUCUCUCUUUUCCGUAAUGCAUCAGCUUCAGAAAAUGACAAUAAGAGUGGUGAUCGCAUUUUCAUGAUCAAGAUUCAAGAAGAAACCCCCCACUUCUCCCAACACCUAAAUAUGGGAAAGAGCAUUAAUGCUGUGUAACGUCAGAGGUAAUCCACAAGAAUGCUUUUUUUAUGCAUACGAUCUGUGCUGGCAAGCCAUGCGGGUGGUUGUUUUUUGGUUUCGUUGCACACAAACUGUUCGUCUGAUUGCCUGACUGAGAAUUUUGGUUUACUGCAUUGUAAGCUUGUUCAGAAAAUGGAGCCGAACGUCUUGUUAUAGCGAUUUGAUUGGUUAUUGUUAAUUUCAAUUACCCACCAUAAACCCAGUUCAAGUUUCCGAAAAAAGAUCGAAGCUUUCCUGAAUGGGUUGGAGAUACAGAGCUGGGUUGGGACUGAUUGGCACGGUUGUUUUCAUUUGGGUUGCCUCUGCAGAGAUCACUCAGAGCAUCUUCGAAAAGUAUGAACAGCCUUUUGCUCUGACUUACCUCGGGGUGUCACUGAUGUUGCUCCAUCUACCAAUAGCAUUCUUGAAAGAUUGGCUGUGUAGCUUGUUUGGAGGGACUAAGGAGGAGAUUCAGAAUCCCAACAUCACUUCUUCUUCAGUAGUUGAGGUGGUAGAUCGGCAUGAUGAAUCACACCAGUAUUCUUCUGAAACUAACAGAACAACAAGAAGCUGCCACUUGACUAACAAGGAUCUCAGUGAGAGGGAAGAAGGAAGGCCUUUGAUUUACAACAAGGAAGUUGUUAACAAACAUGGUGAUCAUCAUCACUUGCACUAUAAACUGAAUCCCCAACUUGGUUCGCGCGAAAUUGCUAAAUCUAGCUUGUAUCUUGCUCCAAUUUGGUUCCUAUCAGAGUACUUGUCCAACUCAGCCCUUGCAUACACCAGUGUUGCCAGUACGACUGUCAUCAGUUCUACCUCAGGGCUCUUCACGCUUGCAUUCGGGGCACUUCUUGGUCAGGACUCGAUAAAUGCGGCUAAGGUGGUUGCUGUACUGAUUAGCAUGGCUGGUGUAGCCAUGACCACAGUUGGAAAGACUUGGGCAAGAGAUGAAGGGUUGACCCCACAUGAAACAAGAAAACACUCAAUUGAGGGGGACAUACUAGGUUUAUUCUCAGCCAUAUCAUAUGCCUUGUUCACCGUGCUGCUCAAGAGAUCUGCAGGAUCCCAAGAUGAAAAGGUUGACAUGCAAAAAUUUCUAGGAUUCAUUGGCAUUUUCACUCUUGUUGGCCUUUGGUGGCUAUUAUGGCCUCUCAGUGCAUUAGGAAUAGAACCCGGAUUCAGCUUCCCCGACUCGGUAUCAAUUGAUGAAAUUGUGGUGCUAAAUGGCCUCGUGGGAAACGUUUUAGCAGACUACUUUUGGGCUGUUUCUGUGAUUUGGACUACGCCAUUGGUGGCCACACUGGGGAUGUCCUUGACCAUUCCUCUCGCCAUGAUGGCUGACAUGGUGAUUCAUGGCCGUCACUACUCUGCCAUCUACAUCAUCGGCUGCCUGCAGGCACGUAUUUGCAGGUUUUAUCUUAGCCAAUCUUUCAGACAAGUUCUCAGGGGAUGCAGAGUUGUAGCUGCAGGCAGAUAUCCUAGUAGAAGAGAAUGAACUAGAUCCUUGUUCCCGCGGAAAUGUAACGACAAAUGUUCAAAUGUAGUCCAUCCGAGACCUGCUAACUAACAUGUUCCUGUUUCGAGCAUUUGGUCUACCCGUCUCUUUUGUUCUACAUGUAUAGAACUUCCUUAACCCUAUAAUAUCUUUGUCAGCCUGUCUAUCGCCUUGCUCUUGUUGCUAGAGCAUGAAUGAUGGAACUCUUUUAGCGGCCAUUUACUCAUAGAGCUUCACACAUAUGGAUCCACAAGACUUGAUGUAGACCAUGAUCAAGUAAGCGUUGGGGUAAUUAACCAUUGUAUCAAUGGAAACACAAUUAACUUGGUAGGAAUUGACCUUCUAUCAACACCUUCAUAACAACAAGACUAAAGAG